CACCAUCUUGACUCCUGACUUCUGCAGAGCACAUAAACGCAGAUUAUGUACAUGAGAUCUCAUCAUGUACAUACGCGGCUUCAGUCAAUGCCUCGUUUAACUUUAACCUAGCUUGGAAUUCUCACUAAUUGUCGUCUUUCUCUGAGCAACAAAGACAGCUUUCAAUUCAUAGUUUUAGCCCUUCAGGCCCCCGGAGUGACAUGACAGACUGGCAAAAACAGCCCGUGAGAAACCAUGUCGGAAGCCUUCGUUGACGAAAUCGAAGCCAUAAACUCCAUCUACGGCGACAACACGCUCGUACACUCUCCGCAAGACCAUGAUGCCACCAUCUACAUCCUUACCCUCCCAGGUGGCACGAGCGCCUCUCUGCGGCUGCAGUUCCCGCCGACGUACCCGGACGUGCCCCCGGCCGUUCUCGGCACGCACAGCUCCGGCUCGGCGGGGAAGCGCGGCGCCGCGGCCCGGGACCUGGCCCUUUUCCGGGAUGCCGUGAGCCAAAUCUACGAACCGGGCCAAGUGUGUCUGUUCGACGCCAUCGAGAAGGUUCAAGAGCUGCUCGUCGCCGCCGGCGAGGAAGGACACGAUGAUGUGGGAGGGAAUGGAGAUAAGCUGGGCGAUCCCGAGUCUGCUACUGCUACUGCUGCUACUGUGCCUGCUAGAACGGAACAAAGCGGCGCCGGCUGUCCCACCACAACUCCCCCAUGGAUCCUGUCCGACCCCUUGACCGAGCUGAAAUCAACCUUCAUUGCCCGCUGCGCACCCGUGACGUCCCCCGUCCAAGCCGCGUCCUUUGUGCAGCACCUCUUGGCGUCCGACAAGCGGGUGCGCGCGGCUACGCACAACAUCACGGCGUGGCGCAUCCGGGGACCGAAUGGGACGAGCUUCCAGGACUGCGACGACGACGGGGAGACGGCAGCCGGCGGACGGCUGUUGCAUCUAAUGCAGCUCAUGGACCUUUGGGACACCAUGGUCGUCGUCACGCGGUGGUAUGGCGGGCAAAAACUGGGUCCCCGAAGGUUUGCCCUGAUCAACCAGGUUGCGAGGGACGCCUUUGUCAAAGCUGGGCUGGUUGCCGAGGCUGGCGGCGGGAAGAAGAAAGGGGGAAGGUGA